AUGUCCCAGUUCGGCGACUUUGCGCCUCUCUGCCAUACCGUCCCCUCCUAUCCCUGGUGCAAUCUCUUCUACCGCCAGAUUGUACACGCAAACGCGUCGCUCCUCGCAAACGCAUCCGCCAACGCGACAGAGGCCCCCGUCGGUGUCAACCCCCAGUGCGGUAUCCUCCGCGUCGGCGCCGACGGUUCCAUCGGCAACGUCGCCAACAUCGUCGUCUGCGCAGUCAGCAUCCUCUUCACCCUCUUCUUGAUCGUAUGGACGAGUAGGAGAAGGGCCGCUGUCGUUCUGUUUCACUAUCUGGGUCUGUCUCGCGAAGCCGUCCCUCUCCAAGCGAUGGCCGACACUCCUCCGUAUGCUCGUCUUACUCUCCAUUUCCCGCCGGAAUGCCUCGUCUUGGCACCACCCACUCCCCGGUAUCGCGACUUGCGCCCUCCGGCGACGCCCUAUGCCUCGGCACUGCGCGGAUCACGAGACCACGGCCUUCGCUCUCUGCCGGCGUUCGCGGACGCCUUGGCAUUCCUGGAAGCGCGUCCCGCUGAGGGCCCCCCAAUCGCCGGUUUAUCGCCUCGUUUUCGCUUCUUAUUGCGAAUCACGCGUUCGGUCAUCUCGAUCCUCUCCGGACACCCCACUGCUCGAGCGGUGAAGCUACAGACGUUGCAGGGCAUCACCUCUCAGUUCCAACUCGAUCGCGGCAUCUGUUCCAUACACCGCGUUCCACUGUUCUCGGGACAUGCACACACGGACGCAUACAUCACCACCACCACCACCACCACCAGCUCCGCCAUCGAGGACCCUGACUGCCGCGCCGAGCUCCGCGAGUUCCUCGUGCUCUACUUGCUCACCCUGCCCUUCCAGCUCGUCACCACCGGCGCGUUCCUCGAGCAGCCGUUCAACUUCUUCAUCCUCGCCUUCUUCGCGGUGACAACCUAUAUCGCACUCGACGUCGGCUUCUCGUUCACACACGUCUUCGGCCCGAGCAAUCCUCUAAGCAGCGAAAGUAGCGUCCCGCUCUUUGUCUUGACUAGCAUCUGGCCUGGCGCCGCCGCGAUCAUUUACUUCUUGAUCAUGUUGUACGUCGUGCUGGGCAUGCUGAACGAGGUCCGCCCGGUGUGGUACUUCGUGCUCGCCAUGGUCAUCUUU